GAUAGGAAUCACAUAACUCGAGCCCCGAGUCAUUUUGAUUUCUCUUUGUUUUCCCAUCCCGUUAUAUCAUGUGUAGUCAAGCUCGUCAGUUCGUGGUGGCUUUGCGGCCUUUACAGACCAAUCAUGAACCGCGGCCUUGUACAGGUGGCUGGCCAUCUUUAGCGGCUCGUAUACUUCGCAUUCGCAACCUGGAAUGUCCAACGGAUGAUUUGACCUGAGGCAGCGACUCAGCUCUUCCUUAUGCAAACAACAGUUAUCGUGAGGUAGGAACAGCCGACGGCAGGAGCCAGCGACCAAGUGCACGUUAAGGUGCGGCCUCUCAUCUCCACGAUAUAUCCACCCUCACACCAUGAGGAAGUCAAUCGACGACAAGCAGAUUACACCGGUAUCUCCUGCGCCGACAUACGUUGUCUCCUUUCCACAAUCCUGCACAAUAUCGAGUGACCAAUCAUCGCGCAAGAUUCCUCCAUUCGAUCAGUCACAGCAACUCUGCGAAGAGCUUGAGUAUGCCCACGGAGUAGACGAGCCAGCAUGUCUCCGCAGCCUCACAAAAAUCCACCGCCUGCCCGACGCCCCACGCACCCCCCUCGAUUCCCGCAGUAUAAUUACCUACUGCCUACAAGAUCUUGACACACCGGCACUCAAUAAGCUCAACCGGAGGCUCUGGAAUUGCGGCGCAAACCCUUAUGUGAAGACUCUAAGCCACCAGCUCACCUUUGAACGACGCAUAGUCGUGACCGAGGACCCAUCACUGCACCUCUGUUCCUACGCCUUCUGGGAACAUAUGCUUGACCCUACGCCUCUUUGAUAACGCACCGCUCGGACUACGCCAUCGCCGUCCGCAACGGCCUACUUCCGCCAUGCGACAGCAUGACAUUUGAAUCGCU